AUGUCCGCGCAGUCCUCAAGCUCUAUGACCGUCGGUUCGACCCAGAUCUUCGGAACAUCCGGGGCGAGCACGCGCCUCACACAGCGGCAGACGAAGCAGUAUUCCAGUCAUUCGUACGGCGAGGAAAGAUGGGCCGUUUCCUUCGCGAGCCAGAGGCGGAAAAGAAGACCACACUCGUCUCCCCGGAAGCUUGGCACCUCCAUGACGGCACCCCAGAAGGCAGAGUGCAAUGAGUUCUUCGGCUAUGAGAUCGAGGCAUACGCCCGGCUGAGAGACUGCCAGGGCAGGUCAAUGCCGCGGAUGUACUUUCGUACGCUCAUCUCACCGCUGGCCCCCCUAGACCUGAAGAAGUGGUUAGCUAUAGUGCAAUCCGCCGCCGAUGCUGCGCAUGACAUCAACAGGCGCGGCGUUGUCAUGAAGGAUUGUGGACCAUGCAACGUGGUGGUAGACAAACACUUACAGACGCCCUUCAUCAUCGACCUCACGCAGUGUUGA